AUGUGGGGGCGGCACUACUGGGGCGCCCGGCGGCCGAGCGACGGCGCCGCGGGUGCGGAGGCCGGCGGCGGCGUGGUGGUGAUGUUCGCGUGGCUGUCGAGUCAGGAGCGGCACGUGCGCGCGUACGUGGACCUGUACGCGGCCCUUGGGUGGGCGUGCCUCGUCUGCCACUCCGACUUCAUCACCCUGUUUAUGCCGGAGAAGGCUGCUGUGCUUGCUGACCGGGUGCUCACGGAGCUCGUUAAGGUCUGCGAACUGAAUAUUAGACCAGUACCUGUUGUGUUUGCAUCCUUUUCGGGAGGACCAAAAGGUUGCACAUACAAGGUUCUUCAGCUGAUCCAGAGAAGGUGCAAAGGGCAGCUGAGUUUGGAUGACUAUCAACUUGUACGGGACUGCGUAUGUGGACAAAUAUAUGACUCGAGUCCUGUAGAUUUUGUGAGUGAUUUAGGCACCCGCUUUCUUCUUCACCCAAGUGUCCUGAAGAUGCCUGAACCUCCACGUGUCUUAUCAUGGAUGACUAGAGGCAUUGCCUCGGGUCUAGACACUCUUUUCAUUGGCAAGUUUGAAGCACAGCGCAAAGAAUAUUGGGAGACACUAUACUCAUCAGUGCAUGUUGGCCCAAUACUCAUAUUCUGUUCAGAGGAUGAUGAACUUGCUCCAUGUUCGGCCGUUCAAAAUUUUGGACGGCGUCUGCUGGAGCUGGGUGGUGAUGUGAAUUUAGUUAAAUGGCACAGUUCUCCACAUGUAGGACAUUACAAGCAUCACACUGAGGAAUACCGAGCUGCAGUGACUGAGCUGCUCAUGAAGGCUUCAGCGCUUUACACAAGCAGAAAACGACUCAAUGACUACAGUGUCGGCACGAGUGAGGACAGUGACACACCUUAUUCGUCUCGCAAUCUACAUAAGACUGCUGUAAGCUCCAGUGAUAGGCUAGGGAGGGUUUCAGUUGAUCCAGCCAAUCAUUUCUUCUUACCGAGUUCCAUGGAGUACCAUGAAAGCAGGAGUGAAGUGCUAAAACCCGAGUUGUUCAACAUGCCGAGUGUUGAAAGCGCGAAGAACCCUGAUGGCGUGUUGGGGACGAUGCUCUAUGAUGCAUGUGUCCCAAAGAACGUGGAAGGCUGGGACUUCAAGCUUGCAUCAAUAGAUGGACAGCGUAUGCAUUUUACUGCCCGUCAGCAUGGUACUUCCAAUCCAACAAAAUGUAUACGCCGCUCAAGAUUGUAA